CACUUUUCUGAUGAGGAAACUUUCUGGUUGUUACUUGCAGCAAACAAAUACUGCAGAUAUGCUAGAAGAGGCAGUAGAAUAUGUAAAAUAUCUUCAAAGGCAGAUUGAGGAACUUACAGAGCAUCAAAGAAAAUGCCAAUGUAAAGCUAAAGGAUUGGAAGAAGAUACCUAAAAAUGCCUACCCACCACUUAGUGUAAUUAUGAUAAAGCUCGUGAAGAUCCACAUUGUAAUUACAAGAUUCACCAUCUACCGCAUCACAUUCUUCUUUGAUACUUAGCUGAUGGCUAUUCAAGAAGAGAAAGAAGGUGUCAGGUGAAAAUUUGUCUACCAGUUUGAUGAAUUCCAUACUUUUGCAAAGUAGCUGCAAUUAUCAUCCUGUCGUUACAUAUCUGUGUGCUUUGAGCAUUUGUAAAUGUUUCUCCUGUAAUUAUUUGUUUUAUAUUUUUAAUAACAAGAAGUUUUUGCACUACCACCACUCCACAAAUCUUAUAAAUUUCUCUUUACACG